AUGUACGACAUAGUGUUCAUCGUGUAUCAGCUAUGCUACCUAGAAAGUCCGUUUGGCACAUGGACAUUACCACCGGAUUGGACUCGGCCCUAUGUCUGGUCCAUGGCUGUGCUCAUGGCCUUCAACUGUUACUUCUGUUGGAUUAUUGUUAAGAAGUCCUUCCCGAGUCGGUUCGCCAGAGUGACGAGUAUCCGAGAGAGUGGUAUUCAUGAGGUUCCUCUGACAGACAGGUUAAGUUACUCAUGUGCUACUAAUGGUAUAGUAGUCGGUGGGCUUUUGGCAACUGACUGGAUUGGUGCAUGCGUUAUCGCCCGAGCCGUGUCAGGUGCUUGGUUGGACACUGUUGAGAUCAAGUUUCUUGCCCGCAGCAUUGAGGAAACUGCCGGCGGAGUCGAGCAGAUACUCGCGUCCUUCGGCAGACCUUAUUCUGCUGGCUAUGAGAUAUUCGACACGAUCCAUACCAACAAACGUAAUGCGAAGACUUUCGCUCACUUGUCUCUCAAGCGUCUUGCUAUUCGGUGCCCUGAGGUUGCUUCUGAUGUGUCAGGUGUAUCACCCUAUGCCUUUAUCCAUCACAUAUGUUCGAUCUUGGCAAUCACGAUGUCGGCAUUCGCCAUGUCAGACUACAACUUGGUACUCCACUUGGCGGUCUGCAUGGAGUUCUCGGGCCUGUGGCUGGCUGCCUGCAAAUUGGUAUCGAGGCAUUCGAUCGCUGGUUUGUUCGGAAAGUCCAGUAAAGGAGGUGUGGAUUCCAGAUGGAUGCUCGCCGUGUAUCUCCCAUGCCGAGUGCUUUUCCCUCUCUACGAUGUCAGUCUAAUAAUUGUGCAUUUGUGCUGUCUCGAGAGCCCUUCGGGGUCGUGGUCGUUGCCACCCCAAUGGGCGAGGCCUUAUGUUUGCUGCUAUGCUGCUCUUUUCGCCUUCUAUUGUUACUUCUGCUGGGUGCUUGUGAAGAAGUCUCUUCCUGGACAUUUUCGUCCUAGAGCACGCGAGCUCAGGACUAUAUCACUGUUCAUGCUAAAUCAUACUAUUUUCCAACCCACCCUGGAGGUGGCUGCAUCUCGGACGUCUAAUGCAGCUGCAGCGACACCAGCGUUGAGGUCUCCUAUUGUAUCGGGACUACAGCAAGCUACUGGACCGUACUGUGUUAUAUCUAAACCUUGCGUGUUAGAGUUGAUAGCGCAAGAAGCGCAGGUACCUCUGCCCAGGUAUACGUUGGAGAGUCUGCUAGCACUGGAGCAUCUCAGCAAACAUGAGAGAACAGCUCAUCUGCUGCAUAAUUUGAAACGAGGUGUGGCUAUAUGUGGUUACGAGCUACAAUGCUAUCCGUUUGGGUUUGGCUGCCAGCCGUCGGUUAAACACGUUGUUGAUAAUUACCUACAAGAUUUUUACGAUAUAAGCAAACUACAAGCAGAGAUGGGUGAUAACAUUGUAUGGAGCCCGGAAGUGAAGACUGUGAUGGAUGGCAUUUUUACAAGGCAUAAAGGUACUAUGAUCGAUAUCGCUAGGGGAGUUCUUGAAUUCCAAGAGAGCGUUCGAUCACAGUACGAUGCCCGGUGCACACUCCUUCAUACGCGAGAAGCCGUACCUGCUAUCACUCACAUAGAACGUAGAUUAGACGACUUUUUCUCCACUAGAAUUUCCUGCAGAUUGAUGAUAUCUCACAUACUGGCCUUAAACGAGAUUAACGAGAAAGACCUAGCUGGAGAGAGGUGGCCGUCACCACAUAGGAGCAGUAGUGAUGAGAAUAUGCAUAUGCUGAACGAAAAGCCACGUAUGGUUGGUUCUGUUACAACGAACACUAUGCCGGUACUCGUGCUCCAGCAGGCCUACGAGGCUGCUAAAUAUAUGUGUCGUAGAGACUAUAAUGGCUUAGCGCCAGAUUUAGUAGUGAAUGGUAUGUCACUGGAGGAGUACCUCACAGUGGCCCCACCACAACGCAGUUUCGCCUACGUCGUGCAACAUCUUUUUUAUAUAUUCCUCGAGAUUCUUAAAAAUGCCAUGAGAGCAUCAGUUGAAAAGGCUUUGUUCGAUAGUGGCGGAGACUAUCAGCGAUGUAAAGAUGUUGGGUUGCCUCCUGUAACGGUAACCUUGCCUGAUCUCUCUUCCAUGUGGGACUUCGAGAGGACCAUCAAAAUAGCUGACCAGGGCUACGGUAUGAAAAGAGAAAUUUUGAAAAGGGCGAGCUCAUACUUCUACUCUUCGGCCACCCAGAAGCCCGACGGUACUCGGGAGCUUCCCGAUUUUGACUCUCGAGCUCCGCUUGCCGGCUUCGGUUUCGGUCUCCCGAUAUCAAAAGUGAUGGCCAGAUAUUUCGAGGGCGAUCUCGAAGUAAAUAGUAUACCAGGAGCAGGUACAGACGUUUAUAUUUAUCUGUAACUUACUCUAGGGAAGAUGGGACAUUUUAAGCUUCGCCGACUUCAAGUGAAUAGCAGCCCAUGGUCCUCAUUCAAUGUGAAUAGUUGCAAUUCCUUCAUGUGCUUGACAGUCCUCCGUUGAAGCCUCCUGGAGUUUUUGCUUGUGGAGAAAACCCGUCCUCGGCUCCUGUGAUUCUUCGGUACAA